UCAUACAGAUUAGAGCACGGCUUGUUAGUUUUGUGUCCGGCCCCAAAAAGAAGAGCAAAUCAUGCAUAGACUCGGCAGGUAAUUCCACCAUCAACCUCAUUACAAGUAUUUGUGUGGCAGGUCAUUCCGCUACGCUUGUGAGGGCUAGGUCUAUGUUAAGAACAGGUCAUUCCGUUCCUGAUUUAACAACUUCCAUGGCGCGGACGGUAACUCAGACAAAAUCAUUCACAGACUCGGCAGGUAAUUCCGCCAUCAACCUCAUUUACAAGUAUUAUGAAGCAGGUCAUUCCGCUACACUUGUGAGGGCUAGGCCAGUGUUAAGAGCAGGUCAUUCCGCUCCUGAUUUUAGCUGA